AUGAGUAAGUUUGACCAGGAAAUUCGUACAAAAUGGACAGAAGCAAUGAUUAAUGGAUAUUUCAAGUACCAACUAACCUCACUGCAAACUAGAAUUAUACCUGGGAGAAGAGGUUACAUAGCACAGUUAAAUCCACUCAGAUUUACAGAAAGACGAAAACCACAAGAUAUCCAAAAUAUCAACCAAAAAUUUGAUCCAAACAAAUUCAAUUUUACAAAGAUCAGCAAACAAGAAAUACUUUUGCAUCCAGUUGGAUCACAUUGGUCAGCGAGUAAACCAGUUACUCCAUCCAGUAAGUCUCUUAGUGAUGUCUUGAAACAUGAUGAAAAUAUGAUUAUCAUUAAUGUGAGCCCUUUGGAAUUUGGACAUUGUUUGAUAAUACCUCAAGUGAAUCAAUCUUUUCCACAGGCUAUUACCACAUUUGGACUGACACUUAGCUUGGAGUGCUUGCUACUCAGUAAACAUCCUGGGUUUCGUGUUGGUUUCAAUAGUCUGUGUGCUUUGGCAUCUGUCAAUCAUCAGCAUUACCACUGUUAUUAUUUUGAUCAACAAUUGCCUGUAGAAAAAUGUAAUACAUUUAAAUUAUCCAACUCCAUCUAUGAAUUAAUUGACUGGCCAGUUCGAGGAUUUGUAUUCCAGUUAGAUGGGCAAACCAUUUCAUCAUUUGUCAAAACAAUAAAGACCAUAACAAAGUUCUUCCAGGAAGCUGAGAUUGCACACAACCUUCUCAUGUCUCGUGGAUCUGUGCUUGGAACAUGUAUAGGAAAUUGUAAAAAUACAGUCUGUGCCUAUUUGUGGCCAAGAAGAAAAUUCAAAGGAGCCAAAGAAUUUGAACAUGUCAAUGUGGCUCUUGUUGAAAUGGGAGGUCAGUUACCUGUUAAAGACAAAGACUCAUAUGAGAGAAUGUCACAAUCAGAAAUAGAUGAGAUCCUGGAGUCUGUGACUUUUACACAUGAAGAAUUUGAAGACCUCAAGAAAAAAAUCCUUGGCCUACUUUGUAAAGAAAAGUGA